AUGGCCAUCAAAGGUUGCGAAGCCAAAGUUCCCUGGAAAAGUUUCUGCUGUCCUGGCAUCUGGCUGGCGACCUCUGGUGUCUUUUCGGCCUACAUGACCACAGGUUUGGUGGACGUGACCUUACCCCAGCACCUGGAGUCUUACCUUGGGCCCAUGCCGGUGACAGAGGUCAGUGCGGUGAGUUCCCUGCGCAGCGUGGUCUACCUGCUGACUUCCUGGCUUUGUGCACAGGCGAUGCAUGCGGAAAGGGCGCCUCUGGAGCCGUUUCUGUGCUUCGGAUUCGCCUUCACAAUCCUGGGGAUGAUGACACUGAGACCGCUGCAGUGGGUUGUGGAUGUGGAAACUGCUGUGUUUCAUCAACCGCCUUCCAGAGUUGUCGAAUGGAGCUGCCAAAUCUUUUCAUUGGUCAUUGCUUCCAUCGGCAAUGCCUUCAUGUUCAUUCCGGGCCUGCCCUUGAUGCAGAGCCAUGUCCGACAUCUAGGAGCUGCAGCUGCUGAACAAGUCUCAUUGCUGCUGAUGAUGGCCAUGUUCGGUGGCGAAUUUAUGGGUCCCAUCGCAGGGGGGGCCUUGGUCCAGCGCUUUGGAUUGGACGCCACGACUGCAGCCUUUGCCACGGCGUUGCUACCUCUCUUCGCGUUGACGGCGGCAGAGAUCAUGAGAGAAGAUGGGCCCCCCCUGACGCUUGAAACUCCUUUGCUCCGAAGUCUCUCACCAACCGAGGAGUCGCAACAGUUGGCGGAGAACUCUUCCAUGCCAAUGGAUCCCGAGAGUGCUUACAGGUUUCGACGUUUGGCCUUCCUGAGCACCGAAGGUGAUGCAUCCUCUUGAGCUUGCCUUCUUCAGAUCGCGCAGACCGAUGCUGGGGAAGGUUCACGUUGCUAUGUUUGAGGCCAAUCGGCUUCGCUCAACUCCAAUCCAGAUGCCAUCCGCCGGCCGGAUUGCAACACCAAAGGUAUCGCAAACUCAACGGCUUGGCACGACAUAGUGCAUGUAAGGACGCAUCUUCUAGCCGUUGCCGGAUGCAUCAUCGAGUAGUCGACUGAUGAGAUUGCCAAGACUUUGGCAUGGAAGUGGUGCGCUUGUCAAAAGAUAGUUCCGUCCAGAAUGUGCAAGUGGAAAACAACAUUUUCCAUGAGCACCCCGAGUCCACUUGAGGGCAGCCACUCUUGGAGCCAAUGGGCUUGUUGUGGACAUCCGAGGGAGUCGGACGUCAGUCUUGUGUGACAUCUCUGAAACCUUGUUCUACCAUCCAGCCGGACCAACA